GAUCCGAGCGGAGCGCAUCAUCAUCAUCAUCACCAUCUCUCCUCUCUCUUCCUGCGGUGACAGAUCUGCGCAUUUCUGCUUCUCUUUCCUUUCACUUCAGUCUUUUCUGUUUUGCAUUGAACCACCGAUCAAACAUCUGCAGCUUUGGACGAGCUAAAGGUCGCAGCUGGUUUCUCUUACAAUGGGCAACAGGGACGAUGAUUACGAUUUCUUGUUCAAAGUUGUUCUGAUCGGAGAUUCGGGUGUGGGGAAGAGUAACCUGCUGUCACGCUUUACACGCAAUGAGUUUAAUCUGGAGAGUAAAAGCACCAUCGGGGUCGAGUUCGCUACCAGGAGCAUUCAGGUGGACGGCAAGACCAUCAAAGCACAGAUCUGGGACACGGCGGGUCAGGAGAGAUACAGGGCCAUCACAUCUGCGUAUUACCGUGGUGCCGUUGGUGCACUGCUGGUUUACGACAUCGCCAAGCAUCUGACCUAUGAGAAUGUAGAGCGCUGGCUGAAGGAGCUACGAGAUCACGCAGACAGCAACAUCGUCAUUAUGCUGGUGGGGAAUAAAAGCGACCUGCGACACCUGAGGGCGGUGCCAACCGAUGAAGCGCGAGCAUUCGCAGAAAAAAAUAACCUAUCAUUUAUCGAGACGUCUGCCCUGGAUUCAACCAAUGUAGAAGAGGCAUUCAAGAACAUUCUAACAGAAAUCUAUCGUAUUGUAUCACAGAAGCAGAUCGCCGAUCGAUCAGCUCACGACGAGUCGCCAGGAAACAAUGUGGUGGACAUCACCGUCCCACCGACCACAGACGGACAAAAGGGCAACAAACUGCAGUGUUGCCAAAACUUGUAACCAUGACAACCGGCCCCACCCACCUGUCACUCAUCUCUGAUUUACUCAACAUGUUGUUGUGUCACUGUUCUACGUUUGAUUUGCAUAAUACAUGUAUUUUUUAUUUUUGAUAGCUUGGCAACUCACAUGCUGAAGUAAAACUUUACAGUAUCUGACUGUUU